AUGACCACAUUGAACGCCUUCCACGAAUCUCUCCCGUAUAUCGACGAUGAGCCCACAUCAGCCGAGCGCGAAGCCGCCGAGUCUUUGAUCCGGGCCGAGUUGGCCAUCUCUUCCCCGGCACCUGCGCCAAUUCACAAAGAACCUUCAUUCUCACCCUUCAUGGUACAGGAGCUUGAACGCGUCGCCUCAAAAGAACCCCUUAAGGUCAUUGACCUCGACCGCUACCAGACCCAAGAACCAUUUCCUGAAUCGGGACAACCGGAGACAGCAGAGGAUAGAGAGCGCUUGGCCGACGCACUUCGCAAGGCCUACACAUCCUUUUCAUACCUCCAAAUCCGGGCCCAGAACCUCGCGCUUCUGGACAAAUGGGGCAAGAAUGCCUGGCUUAUUGGGAACUGGGGCCUCGAGAACGAGCUUAAAACUCUUGAGCGUGAUCUCUCCGAGACUAAGCGUCAGAUCGAUGUUCUGACAGUCGCCAGGAGACGACAACAGGAGGAGGUGGCCGCUGAGAUGAAGGGCUUGGAAGAGAACUGGAAGAAGGGAGUCGGAAGGACUUUGGAGACAGAAAUUGCUGUUGAGCAGCUGAGAAGGGAGGUGCUAGAAGAAAUGAGGGCAAGAGAAGGCUGA